AUGGCGUCUGUUGUUGAAUCUCUUCCUCAGGGACUUGUCUCUCAUUCUCAGUCCCAAAAGUCCGCAGACACUUCUGUCCUGGCCGAUUGGGAGAUCCAAGCUGAGAAAUGCCGUAAAGUACUCCGAGAAUCUCUCAACCCAGAUUGGCUUCUCCCAGCUAGGCAACUUCCAUCUGCUGAACAGCUCAAUGUUUCCACUUUCAUCGAGACAUGCGGCUUCCUCUCUACACGAGAGUUGGAGAUCACAGCUACCAGCGCAACGAAACUGGUGGAACAAAUGGCUUCCGGCUCUCUGACGGCUGUUGUGACUGUCACUGCAUUUCUCAAGAGAGCUCAUAUCGCACAUCAACUCACCAACUUUGCAACUGAGUUCAUGAAUGCCGAUGCACUCGAAGCCGCUGCUGAACUUGAUGCGUACUUCAAGGCAACCGGCAAAACCAAGGGGCCCUUGCACGGUAUCCCGAUCUCGACCAAGGAGCAUAUUGAACAUAAGGGACGGAUUGCUCAUUCGGCUUACGUCGCCCUUGUUGACAAUGUUGCUGAAGAAGACGCCUUGAUAGUUCAAUGUUGCAAGGAGGCUGGAGCAGUUUUCCAUGUGCGAACCAAUGAACCUCAGAGCGUAAUGCACAUUGACUGUUCCAACCCAAUCUAUGGCACAACGGUGAACCCACACAACCGAACAUUGACAUGCGGCGGCUCGAGCGGCGGAGAAGGUGCUUCGUUGGGACUCCGUUGCGCAGCCUUGGGCAUUGGUACCGACCUUGGAGGUUCUGUUAGAGUACCCGCUGCCUUUUGUGGCGCAUAUGGACUGAGGACUACCGCACUGCGCAACCCGUACAAAGGCGUAUGUCUCCCUGGUGCCGGGCAAGAGAGCAUCCGAUGCGUUAUCUCACCUCUAGCCAAUACUGCAGAAGACCUUGGCCUCUUUCAGAAAGCUGUUCUUGAUCAGGAACCCUGGGAGGUUGAGACAUCGCUGGUGCCUCAGCCUUGGAAGCAGGCUAGUCCACUAAAGCCUGGAAGCUUCACUAUUGGUGUUAUGUGGGAGGAUGGCCUUGUCCGACCCCAUCCUCCAGCCCUUCGUGCACUCCGAUACGCCAGUGAAAAGCUCAAGAGUGCAGGCAUUACUGUAGUCGACUUCGAGCCAUAUAACCAUCAAGAGGGCAUGGAUAUUGUUUCAAGACUGUACUUUCCUGAAUGUGCUGUAACACAGAAGGAUCUCUUGGAAAAGGGAGGAGAGCCUGUUGCGCCACUGUCGGACUUUAUCUUCAACUUUGCUCCGCCAAGGCCACUUACGAUACAGGAAAACUGGGCUUUUAAUGUUCGAAGAGACGCCUUUCGAGACCAGUACCACAAAAUCAUGAAGAAUCGAGGUGUUGACUUUAUUCUCUGCCCUGCCUAUGUCGGGCCAGCUGCAAAGUUGUGCGAUGGACAUUACAUUCCUUAUACAGCCAUCUGGAAUCUCCUCGACCAACCAGCCAUUACAUUCCCGACUGGACUGAAGGUUGAGCCAACCGAUACACCAUACUCUGACUUCAAACCCCGAUCAGCAGAAGAGGAAAGAGAAUACAACAAGUACUCGCCUGAAGAGUAUGCUGAAGCACCAUUGGCGUUGCAAAUUGUUGGUAAGCACUUCCGCGAUGAAGACACGGUUGCUGCUUGCCAUAACUUGUCCGCUUUCAUUGCAUGCAUGACCAUUCAAGAUUCAGAGACAUAUGAGAACAUCACCGGCUGUCUGAUCAUGCCAGACGCUAAAUUACGUGCGAAGACUGGCUGCGUCACAUGCAGACAACGCCGAGUCAAAUGUGACGAAGGAAAGCCAUCCUGUCGCAACUGCUCUCGCUUUGGUCGAAGUUGUUCAUGGCCCAAAGCCACUGAUAUGGCUGAUAAAAGGCACCGCCGUCGACGUGCAACUCCUGCUCCUUCGUCACCCGCCAACGAGAGCACCUCCCCACCAAAGACUGACGAGAUCUCACAUGACAUUGUCCCCAUUCUGAAUAAUAGGGCAUCACUUACAACUAUCAACCAUCCCCUCUUGGAAACGGAAACCGAGUUCGAGUUGAUGCAUCACUUUUACAACUUCCACUUCAACUCCCUUACUCUUCCAACAAAGGACAAGUCAUACUUUUUUCAGUGCCAGUCAGACCUAAUGGACAUGAUGUCACACAACAGAACCAUUAAAUAUGCUAUACUAGCCAACUGUGCUUCAAACAAACAUGUCCUGAUGAACAAUGAUCGGUAUCGCCUCAUAGCCUUGCGAUACUACACAGAAGCUAUGAGAGGGCUGAAUCAGGAACUUGUGGACUUUUGUCCAUCAGAUGCCUAUCGGCAUUCGUGUUUAUUAACGGUUGCAUCAUACUUAUACGUUUAUAAUUUCUGGAGUCUUGAUGCGAUGUCGAACCCGAAGCCUCACGUUGUCGGGGCUGUGAAGCUGCUAAGCUUAAGGAACCAAGACAACAGUGCAUUGAUACCAUUCAUUCAAAGCUACGACAGGAUCAACGUUGAAAGCGUGCUGUAUCAGGGCUUUUUGCUAUCUAUCAGAAGGCCAUUUAGGCCUGACUUUCGACUGGACUCCGAAUUCAUCACUCAUGCUGAGGAUUUGCUUCGCUCAUACGACAACGCAAAUCCAUCUUCCUCAAAACCAAGCAUCGUGCUUGGAGUACCCACUUCCCUGUAUCGACUCAUAUUACGGAUUGUUGACUCUUAUAAUGUCCCUCGAAACAGACUUUUAGAUCACCUGAUAGGCUUGAAGAUGGAGCUGCAGUACUGGGAGCAACUGUUACUCGAUGAUCAAGACAGUCAGAACCUUCAUCAUGGUGAUUCACGCUUCAAUGACCUGAUGAUAAUCGCAACUUCACUCCUUUUGGAUCUAAUCACAGAAACCCUGACGUCACGGGACGAUACAGACUGUCCUCUUGUUUCGGCUGAAGAUGCUGAUGGGAAGCCUUGGCGAUGGCAACUCGAUUUAGCCAUGAGUAUCCUUCAAUGUCCCGAGGAACAUCAAAAAUGGAGUAGUUGUUACCUAGGAGCAUGGCCAUUGUUGAUACUCGGGUAUGGUGCCAGGACGAUCGAAGAGAUUACUCUGGUGAAGGAUAUCUUGACAAAGAUGCAACAGCGCAUAGGAUAUGGCGAGGUUCAGAGAAUACGCGAAGAGCUGGAUCAGAUCACAACGUAUAAGGUUCCAGAUGGUCGAAUGUACAAAGAACUUCUCAGUCUCCCUCCACCGGAUUGGGAGGAGGCAGAUAUUGUUUAA